AAGCGCAGUACCACCCAGCCUCCCGCCCUCUCAGCCUCCUUCAAAUGCUGCGUCACAAGCCCCCUGAGAACGUUCACGGGGCACCUCGUUCCAGCCGGAACCCCACCUCCACGCACUGGGAGAACGACCUCGACUCCAAUUGGCUGUCUCCCAGGGCAACCAAGGAUGCAGUGGGCACGCGGGGGCUCCGGCCGGUAUUUAAAGGCUGCCGCUGCCCGCGCCGCUUCAGUCUGGCCAGGACGGAGACGGUGAAGCACCUGGGUUGAGAGGGAGCAGCAAGGUAACGCGCAACCCCUGCCUCCCCAGUCCCAGCCCGCGCCUCCGUCGAGGCGGGUGUGUGUGGGACCCGGGAGCGGGUCUCACUGAGCGUCGCCCACCAACACCUUCCUCCCCGACCAUCCUUUACCCAGCCCCAGUCCCACCAAUUUACCUGGGAGAGACAACCCGGGUGCGAAGGACCAGAGACUACGCGGAAGAGCGAUUGAGAGAGCAGAGAAGAGGGGUCCUUUGAGAAAAAAAGGUGUCAUCCCAGUGGCAGGCACGUGGUGCUGCAAAGGGAGAGGAGGCCCUUUAGACCGUCAGAUCUGGCCAACCUUGAUGACAGCUUCUAGGAGGCUUUUGUUUAGACCUCUCGGAGCUCCCUGAACCAUGACCCAGACCCUUGACACAAGAGAGGACCCUCUUAACCUGGGCGGCGGCUGGUCAUCCUCGGCCCCAUUACGCACCUGGUCUUCCUGCCAUCGAAGGCGCAGGGGAGCCCCGAUUUACAAGCGGCGGCACCACUAUGGUCCCAGCGAGUAUGAGCCCCCGUGGAAACAGCAGAAGCAACAGCACGGCCCAGGCCCUUGGUUCCAUCCACCCCGACGUCCCUCUUGGGCCGUGUAUUCUAAUUGGGGGCGUUGGGGAGGGCCCUGGCGUCCACCUCCUGCAAGAUUCCGAAAGCCGCCUGGCCGAGUGCAAGUGAUACGGGUGUACGGCCUGCACCCACUCUGUCUCUGCUGCUGUUCCUGCUGGCGCGGCCCCUGGAACCCCGGCUGGGCGAGGCCCCCGGGCAGGAAGAAGCGCUGGGGCCGCCGGGGCCGCGGCCUGCGCCGCCACUCUCGCCGCUCCUUCCCCAGGAGACCCCCCGUGGAUCUGAGCACGCUGCUGCGUCCAGUCAACCUGUAUGGGUGGCGGGCACCUGGCAUGCGGGCGCCCAAGAACACCACCCAGUUCAUCAUGAACCAGAUCUAUGAGGACAUGCGGCAGCAGGAGAAGCUGGAGCGCCAGCAGGAGGCGCUGCGGGCGCAGCAGGCCCAGGCAGGAGGCACGGCCUCCCCUCGUUCCUUCGGAAACGAUGCCCCCCCUAGCGGUGGCGAGGAAGAUGCGGCGCAGCAGGAACCUCUGUAUAGCUUCGCGCAGAAUCCCUCUCUCGUCUUCAGUCCUGACCCGGAGGAGGAAGACCAGUCUCCUCCACAGCUAGUGGAGGAGGAAGAGGGAGAGGAGAAAAAUGAUGACGAAGAGGAGUGUGACGAGGAGGAGGGUGAUGGCAAGGAGCUGGAGAGCGAGGAGGAGGAGGAGGAGGAUGAAGAGGCAGAGGCCAAAGAUGAAGAGGAGAUGGAAGAGGCUGACUAUGUGCAGGCGGGGGAAGAAGAGGAGGAGGAGGAGGAGGAAGAGACAGAAGAGGAAGAGGAGGGGCUGGAGGAGGAUGAGCAGAGAGAGGAAGAGAAUCAUUUGCCUCUGGAAAUGCCUUUAUCAAUCCUAGUGGGGGCUGAAGAAGAGAGAGAGAAGUUUAUAAACUGUAAUUUAAGCCCCACACAGAUAAUCCCCAAAGUGCCACAGGAAGGUCUCCUCAUGCUGCAGGACAUUAACUGUUAGACAUCAGGAAGGGAUUGAGGAAUGGGAUGGAACUGAUUUGAAGCUAAAAUGAAUUAGCUUAUUAACUAAUUACAAAGUGAGUUCCAUUAAUAAACAUAUCUAUGUAAACCCCUUCUUUGGCCAUUAUAAAAUGUUUAAAAAUUGGUGUGUUUGUGUAUGACUAUGGGAGGGGGAAGGGGAGCUCUCAAAUAUAAUUUAACUGGAAAUGAUUAAAGGCCAAAUAUUUUAUUACUACAGUUCGAAUAUGUUCAUAUGGUGUUUCUCCUUCUAGAUGGUCGAAUUUUUUUUUCUUUCUAAUUCUGGCAAUGCUGAAGAUGUUACUUCUUAUAAAAAUUUUAUACAUCUUAAUGAGCCUGGAAUCUACAGUUGUUUUGACAGUUACAUGCCUAAGAAGCAUGCGUCCUGUCUAUUGA